ACGUUUCGUGUCGAACUCGGAUAUUUUGCAUUGUUUUUGUUGACGUUCUCCAAAUUUGUAACUAAAGUCGCAAAAAUUUAAUUGUUUUGUAAUUUUCUCCUAAAAUCUCAAGUUGUUUGAGAAAAUUUGAUUAACCUCCGCGAAAUAAUGCUCUAAACAGUAACAUUCGAUGUAUAAAAAGUGGAUUUCAUAGUUCAAUCAUCCGGCACAAAGAAAGUGCGUCGACUUAUCUGUUUCGGUGCUUGGUUUUCGGGUCAGGGCUAGCCAGCCAGCAGCAUCACAGAUUGAGCAGCAAGGGAGAUAUUCUCUGCGAGGAAACAUCUGGAGCGGAACAAUCAAUAGCGAAACGUGAAGUGUAACUGUUGGAGGACGAGUUAACUGGUGUUCAGUUCGCUGCUACCGCAGCGAUGACCGUUGUUUAUCCGAGGAAGAUGCUGUCGCGUUUCCAUCCCUACCAUGGCCAAAACAUUAUCCUGUUUGACGAAAAUACCGUCGCCUAUCGCAAGGCUAGCUUUGGAAACGCUUUGACGUUCAGCGAGAAACCAUUGCAACCGGGGGAAAUUUUUCUGCUGGAAAUUGAGAAGAAUGAGCGCGGUUGGAGUGGUCAUAUGAGACUAGGUUUAACACAACUAGAUAUCAAACCAGCAUCCACUCUCCAAUAUGCACUACCUGACUUGGCCAACCUGGGAUCUAGUUGGGUGUUUCCGAUAACCAGAACAGUGGGCAAUGCAGCACCAAAAAGCAGUAUUCUUGGAGAUGGCAUCAACGUAAAAACAUCGCGUGGAGCGUUCCCUCGUAGUUUGCUGCGGCCAAUCUCCCAGGAUGGGGCUAGUGCGGAUAUUCUGCCUACGGACACUCAUUCACGAAUUGGAAUAAUAUUCGUGCCAACGCGAGACGAAGUAGACAAAGCCGAAAUGCAUUUCAUAAUCAACGGGGAGGACCAGGGUCCGUGCACACAUGACAUUCCAUACACUAAGGGCCCCCUGCACGUGGUCAUCGACGUCUACGGCACAACCAAGCAAGUCAAAAUUAUUCAGUUGUACGGAAUCUCUACACUGCAGAGCGCAUGCCGCGACGCGAUUCUGUCGAGGGUACCGAAGGCAGCGAUCCGACAACUUCCCCUGCCGGAAAGCUUAAAGGAAUAUCUGCUUCAGUAUGGACCGUGAGCGGUUUCUACAAUCGUUUAGGGACGCUUCUCAGCUACUUUCAAAAUAUUACUUUGAAUCGAGGCGACAUUGUGCGACGGGGAUUCUGUGUAUAAUCGUAACAAUAUAUAUUAUUUGAUUUGACUAUGUGAUAUAUUUUGAGCCAGCAGAGGAAUGAUUAUUGUUUCCUUUGUUCCUAGCUGACGAGUUUAAAGUACAGCACAUAACGGAGAACUUUUCCCGAAAAUAAAUAAUAUAAGAAGAUAUCCAACUGGUAGAAGAGAUUAUAUAUAUGUAAUAUGAAUUAGUA